UUGUGUUGUAUCUGUAAGCCCUUUAACUCUUCUUGGAUUGCAAGUCUUGUAAAAGUAUGGAUGGGAAAUCUGCAAAUAUGCAAAUCUACAAUUUUUUUAAAGUGAAAAAUCUCUGUCCAUGGCCAGUAUUAAGGAACCAGUAAUGAAGAAUGACUGCAUCAAUUAAAAAGACAAUUUACAUUUAUCUUUUCCAGAAUAGACAUGUAUCAGUGUAGUUAAUUUAAUAUUUCAAUCAAGAAUCCCGAAAAAUGCAAGUCCCUUUGCCAUAAUAAAAAUGCAUAACCCAACUUUCCUUUGUAUAAAGCACUAUGAGCAGGUGGUAUCAUCAGGAAAAAGACUCCAUUGUAGGAAAGCAUUUAGAUUAAUUCUGACUUUCCUUUACAUGAAGUGAGGAGAGAAUGACAACAGUGACAGUCUAAUGAUGAAAUUUACUAAGCAGAAUUUUAUUUUUUUAGUUGGUGGAAUUAUAAUUUAUGUAGUUGAUAUUGGAGUGGACUUCUGGGUAGCUAGUAAAUAUUUCUGUCAAGGACAAUAUUGUUGGGGUAUAUUGCUGCUGUGUUUUAGAGGUCUUUCAUCAUUAAUAACUCAGGUAUUCAGUUAUGAGUGGUUUAAAAAUGACUGGGAAGGUACCGAUACUGGGAAGCCGAAAUGGAUUUUUCUAGUUCAUCUCUUUCAGUGUGGAAUUUUUAUAAGGUAUUGGUUUGCUUUGAAGUAUGGCUGCCAAGCUGCAUUUAAACAAAAAAGCAGCAGAGAUGCAUCAGAAACAGACCCUCCCAACUUCAUUCAAAAACAAGCUGUUGAUGUAGUGACUGAUAUUAACAUGCUCAGGGUAUUCAAGACUUUUCUUGAGACCACACCACAGCUUUUUGUCCAGAUUUACAUCCUCAUGGAACAUGAGAAAAAUAAUUUCUGUCAAUAUGCUGCCAUUAUUUUGUCUUUUUGUGGUAUCUCCUUUUCAAUGGUUGAUUAUCAGAUAUCAUUACGAAAAUCUCUGCCUGAUAAAGAUGAAUUUCGUGUGCUUCCCAAGUUAGUGUAUCUCCUCUAUAAACUGCUUACCAUCACUUCUUGGAUACUCAGUAUUUCACUGAUCACUGUACUAAGUGUUAGAAGUUCUGUAAUUCUGCUGAUAUUUCUUUGGAUCUGUGGCUUCACCUGGACUUUGAAACAACAUACGACAUUUUGCAAAUCUAGGAAGAUGGAAUAUCUGUACAGAACUGUUGUUGGAAUCAUUCUAAUUUUUACCUUUUUUAACAUAAAGGGGAAAAAAACAAAAGUUUGCAUUUCUAUUUAUUAUGCUACUCACACUGUUGUAACUCUAGGUAUUUUGUUUGUAUAUAUGUUCUGGAAACCUUCCAUUAUCAAGGAAAUACAUUUUACAAUUGUAAGCAUCCUAACUAUUCUUAGUCUGGUGUUAGGUAUUAUUUUUCUUGUUGUUUAUUAUAGGCAUUUUCAUCCCACUGCUUAUUGCAGACCACAGGCAUGUUCAGAUGAAGUUGAUGGAGAGGCAGGACAAAAAGAUAGAGUGAAAAUUGGUAGAUUUCAAAACUUCAUAAUGCAAUGAACAGUACAGAUUUUUUUGUGUGGACUUCAAAGCAAAUACUUGCUGGAUAGUCUGUUUCUCUGUCAUUGUUUCUCGUGUAUCAUCACUGAGUAGUACAUAAUGGACCAGAGUUACUGGCUCUGAAUAACUAUUGUUUUCUGUGAUGCUGUACAAAGCCUUUAUAACAUAAAUAUUUCUCUGUGUGCUGGUAAAAGUUACUUUUGAAGAAGAAGAAAUAUAAUCGAUCCAUCCAACACAAUCCACUGUCACCUUUUAGCAAUGCAAAUAAAACAUAGGAAAAGCUAAAAGUUAAUCAAAUGAAAGCUAGCAUUAAACCAUAGUCUAUUCAUUUAUGUUGACUCUGUUAAAAACAAGACUUGUUUUUCUUUUCGUGCUGGAAGGAAAGAGGAGUGCAUUUGAAAUAAUUGAGGGCAGUGAUCAGUUAUCAGCUUCUCCCCAUUAGUGUAAGAGCUGCAGUUCUUCAGAUGAGCAUAGUUACAAACCAUACUGCCUUCUCCCUAAAUAUCCCUUGAAGAAAAAUAGCUUUGAUUUAUGGCUCAAUCAUUGUCUUGCCACAAGGAAAUUUGGGGAGAUAUAUUCAGGCAUUUUCUCUUCUAGGUGUUUUAAUGACUCCUUUAUUGUUUUUGUUCUGCUAAACUUACACACAACCUUCUGUAUUUAGGGGUGAUGCCAGCUUGUUGUUUGGGAUUAUAAUAGCAGCUUGAGUGAUUUAUGGAUGGCAACAGGAGUCUUGCAUAUAAAGGAAGAACUAUCUUCCUUGAAGCUUUCCUCUCAUUUGAGCUAUAAGAUGUAAUACUUUAAAUGCUGGUUUCCAAUGAAAUAGGAGGCUAUGCAAGGUAUGCAGUGGUGCAGCUUCUUUUGUUUUUGUCACUGGAGAAAAGAGAAGCAACUGUUCUGAUGCAUUUCACUCACAGGGGCUGGGAAACCAUGGAAUAACCAGCUUGUCCCUCAAGAUUUUUUUGGCAGAAGGCAGAGUGAAAUUAGACAACAUUUCAGUCCUGUGUUCAAAUGCUAAAUCAACAACAAAGGAAAUAAGGUUGGUAGGCACAGCUUCUUCAGAAAUAAAAUCUAAGGGGAAGUCUUUCAGAGCUGCUGUGUUUUAAAUCUGAAUUAUGAAAAGUGGGCUCUUCCUCUCCCCUCCUUCCCCCUUCCAAUAACUCACAUUUGCAGUUAGAGUACCCACAGGCAAAGGGAGGAAACCGAGUUUGAGAAAAGAGACUGGAGAUAAGAAAAACUGAUAAACUUUGCCAGGAACCAAAUCUGUUUGCAUUAUUGAUCAACAGCAAAAUUCCCUGAAACUUUGGGGGAAGGGCUGAUGCUUUGGUUGAUAAUUAGGGUGCUGAAGAGCUGUGUCUUGUGCCUUUUGUGUCAAGUCCUUGGACAGCAGACUGCCUUUUUCUUGUUACCCUUCCAGCCUUAGCAGAGCUCAGGAAAGUUUCUAAAUAUGUUUCUUUCCCGUUCCAUUUCCAUAGUUCUUUUUACUAGGCCAACCACUUACAUCUCCUUAAUCCUAUUCAAGGAAAUUAAUUUCUAGGUGCAUAGCUUGGACUGAAUGGUCUGCCUUUCUGAGGAUACACAUGAAAAAGCAGUGUAGUAAGAAGAGUUUACUUCUACAAUCCCUCAUUUCCACUUAGGGCUGACUAGAAUGUGGGUCCAGAAGUUAAGACAUAAAAAAGCACAAUCCAUGAGACUUAAGCAAUAGUUUUCCUAAAAUGAAUACAUAAAACAGUACUUUCACUUCCCUCUACUCUGGAAAAGAGAUUUCCAGAUUUAUUUGCCCUGGAAUGGCUCCUUAGGCAAGAGAAAAAGCCCAGGGCUCCAUCCUGCUUCAUGUACCAUGAUUGUCCUAAGUUGUGUCUCCUUUAUCUACAGAGUAUUUAUUACUGGUGACGGUACCCUCGGCAGCAGAAUGCAUGCCUGGUUUUAAGUUCAAUGUACUCUUAUAUUGCUAUGAAAAAAUAGGACCCUAAAUAGUGAGGACUAUCCCUAUAUUGCUUCCCAGACUUUUAUUGUUUGUUCAUCUGAAAUCCUGAGAAGGGACUAGGGUAAGGUAGGGUGGAAAAGGGAGAAUAUUAUCUCAUCUUGCAGAAAAUUACAAAAUUUUGUCUAACUGUUAUUUGGAAGACGACCUCAAACUUUGUACAUUAUCUGAGAAGCAGAUCUCUGGGGAAAUACGAGCUUCUGAGAAGUCCUAGGGCGAGAGCUUCAGCCCUGGGGCCUCCAGGUUGUCUGCUUGCUGCCAGAUGCCAGAAAUCUGGAGCCUGAGUUGCUCUGGAGGAAGGUUAGUUUCUGGUGAAACAAAAAAAUUUGUCUUGGUGGUUUUUUUUUUUUCCUUUCAGUGAACUGACAAAUUUCAAAUAAAAGUAGUUCAUUGCCAUCUCUCUGGCCAACUCCUAACACUGAUUUUCUUUCAUGGGAAAGAAGGCGAAUGUUGUGCUGCCUUCUGUUGUUCUCCUUACGUCUUCUCAUUCCCUCUUCUGUGCUACUGAGAAGAAUGUUACACUGAAGUUGAGUUAGUAAGAAAGGCAUCUAGGUGGCUAUUUAUAUCACACUAAUUCAAAUAUACACCAAACUCAACUACUUAAGUUUCAAUCCCUAUUUUAUGCUUGUAAGUCGUAGUGGAUAUAAAUUUAGCCAUAUCCUAAAACUGGGAAAUAAUCCUUUUGGGAAAUCACGCAGAUUCUUUUCAUAAAGCUUAAACAGUUCUUCGGUAUCCUGCCACAGAUACUGUAAAUGUCUCCAUUUUGCUGUCAUCAGUCAGAGGGCCUCAAGAGAUGGGGAUUCCUGUUAGCUUGUCCUCUGUAGACUUUUAUUUAUUUACUUUCAACUUUAACCUCCUCCCUUUCUUCUUGACCUUAAGUUGAAGAUUUUCAGUUGAUUCCCUUCAUUUUCAUACUUACGAAAAUGGCUUCUCAUUCAUUUGGUCAUUCUAACUCUGAAUCACUGUAGCAGGGAGGACAAGGAAGCACACGAAUUGACUCUAGACACAUUUCAUAUCACCAGUGACCACUUCAGACAAAACAAAGCCCCACUUCACCUAGGUGUAAAGUUCAAACAAUAGGCUUCAUACAUAUCCUUUCUGUUCCCCAACUACUCUUAAAAUUCAGCUGCCACUCAGUUCAUGCAUUGUGCCUGACCUUGUCAUUUUAAUCUAACUGCAAAUUGAAAACAAAUGUUUUUUUUUCUUUUUCAUUCAGUAUGUCCAUUACAUCUUACAAGAAGUAUUUUAAUAAGUUAAAUAAAAAUAAUAAACAAUUUCUUCCUGUUUUGACUACUGUCAGACCUGGGUAAAAGGGACAACAUUCAACAGAAUUGUUUUAAUUAUCCUACUAAUAUUCAACGUGCCAUUUGAUGGCAUGGGUGAGCUCACCUGAUGUACCACAGAUAGCACUGAUUUAUGAAGCCAUAAUUGAGCUUCCAAUAAACAUUUGUCAAAAUAA